UGUUCCUUAAAGUGGUUCCAAGACAGGGCAUGAGGGUUGGAAUAUCAGCCUGCGCUUCAAGAUGGGCAACUACAGGACCAAACUGAGCAGAGCUGGCAUAAAGGAUGUGGCUGUAAAUGCAGGAAAGCGCAGCAGGACCAAUCCAGAGGCUGCUGCAUCUCGGGCCAACAUCAAAAGACCCAGAAGAGGGGAAGUGAACUUCAUGCCCAUGGAGAAAAUAAGAACACUCUGGAGACCCAGAGGCUUGAAAUGGUGGAGCAGUUUAAGAAGGCAUCAGCAGAAAGAGACAUGAUCCUCAUCCAUCAAAAUAUGCAGAGGACCUUUGCACUCAGGCGUGAAGAAAUUGUGAGUUCAGCUCCUCCCAUUGGCGAACUGAAAGCCAGAUGGCCUGCGCUCUUCUGUGAAGCCCAACUCUACAGUGAGUUCCACAGAAUCACCAAUCACAAUCUACCCUUUGCCUUCUUUGCUGCACUUGACAACUACACACCUAAACUACUGAAGCUCUACAAAAAGAGGAAGACCGGAAUCUUUGGUGAGAAGAUAGAACAACUUUUGCUGGCUUAUGAAGAGCAGGACAAGAACAACAUUGGUGCAGCUAGAACAGCCGCCCUCGCCGGCCUACCACUAUAUUUAAAGGAGGAUUCAUCAGAAGUCUUCAAAACUUGCAAGGAAGAAUCUGAGGCAGACCAAGAGGGGCCAGUGGCUUUGGUGGCAGUGGUCAAUGGAGAAGUGCCUGCAGGAAUCCCCUUUGAAAUUAACCAUGUGUCAGUCGUCCUUGAGGGGCAAGUUGUUAUGUAUCACAGAUCCUGGACAGACUCACUGGUGGGUUUGUUUGGACUGAUGUAUGCUCUACAUUUGAGCUAUCCUGAGAAGCUAAGUGGCUUCUUUGAGUUCAUACAAGUUGUGCUCCUAAAGCUUGAUGAUGGCAGAAAGCAGCUCAAACCAAAGUUACAGGCCCUGAGAAACGAACUGGAAUGAGCCUGUUUGUCACUGGAGGUCUGCAGUGCCUUACAAAGAUUUGGCUUGCAUGCCAAAAAUUAAUGCUGCUUUGUGUUUAUUCAGUUCAUACUGUUCCUUUUUUAUAUUUAACCACUUGUUAAAUGGUAAAACAUUUUUAUGUCAUGUGGUGACAUUUGCCAGCUUUUUUGUACUAUGUACAGUACUUUA